AUGUUUAAUCUUGCGGAGAUAUCCAGGUAUACAAACGUCUUAGUGGUGUGUAAUUGGUUCGCGAACUGGCGACGAAAACUCAAAAAUGCCGGCAGAGAACCGCAUAAAAAAACAUGGUCAUCUUUGAUCAAAACCUACAACAACCAAGUUCAAGGAAACGUUGAACAUUUAAGUAUUUGCUCAAACGAUAGUAUAUGGGAAGAAUCAGAUAAAACAUCGAGUUACACUAACGAUAAUUAUACACAAGAGAAACAUUUAUACGAAGAAACAUAUUUUAAUAACAAUAACAACGACAUCCAAAACCAGUGCUAUUACAUUAGUUCCACAACUGAAAACGACCACGAAAAUCCCUUUUCCCAAAAUACGUGUAAGUACAAAAACCACAUGAUGGAAAAGUAUUUAAGGGACUGUCAAAAACCCUUCCAGACCAGUGAUGACAAUAAACCUAUGAUGUCAAAAUGGCUAAAAAGUGCAGCUAAUUUCAUACCGAACGAAAGCAGUUACCUAGACUGGACCUUAAGCAAAAUAAAUAUUACCAAAAAGAGAUUUAAAAUUAACGAAAAUGGUGUAAACGUGAUGAUGCAUGGUAGGGAAGAACUCGACGCUGCUGAAGCAUUGACGACUUUAGCAAAUUCAAUACAUAAGUUAUAAAAAUCGGUAAUAGUGUUGAAUUAUUAUUGAUAUUGUUUUACUAGUCUAAAAUUUUUACAAUGUAAAAAAUAGAUCAACGUAACAAUUAUAUUACUGAUAAGAGCAUCCAAUAGUUUUGUAAUUAACUUUGUUAUUAUUGUUAAGAAAAACUGUUGUUUUGUUUGCUAUUGUAAUUUAUAAAUCGAUAUGUGAUUAAGUUUAUUAUAAUAUAAGUACUUUUUGUAUG